UAUUUUCUGAUGAUUGCUCGAGCAAAUUAGAUGUAAAAAAAUUCCACUUCAUUGACCGUCUGAAAGUUGACUAACCUAGACUGUCAAAAGCGCCGUGGUGACGUCACCACCACUUAGUGGGGAACGGUGAUUGUUGUUGAUCGGGUUGGUCAUAUGGUGGCGAUUAUGGUGAUGGUGGUGAUUGCAGUGAUGGUAGUGAUUGUGGUGAUGGUGGUGAUUAUGUUUGUGCUGAUGGUGGUGGUGAUGGUGAUUAGGUGGCGGAGACUCUGCACUUCUCGCUGGGACCCCGCUCUUCCCGUCAUCUUCGCCGUGACCCCCACCUAUGCUCGCGCCGUGCAGAAAGCGGAUCUCACGCGCCUCUCGCACACCAUGGCCCUGGUGCCCAACUUGCACUGGCUGGUCGUGGAGGAUGCGCCCACGCCCUCGGCUCUCGUCUCCGCCGUGCUCCACAACGCCUGGCCGCUAUCCUACACCCACCUGCACAUGGAGACACCUAAACAGGACCCCCUUAAGGUGACCAAUAUCAGCUCGAUCAUAAUCAUUAUAAGCUUGAUCAUCAUCCCCAACAGAAGCCGCUCCUCUUUUCCAAGAGGCACGUUCCAGAGGAACGAGGCUCUGCGCUGGCUCAGGGAGACGUUUGGCAACCGGUCUGGGUCUCACAAUGCCACCAGAGAGUCUGGCUUGGAUCCUCUGGCUCCAAACGGGGUCGUAUAUUUUGCAGACAACGACAACACCUACAGCAUGGACAUCUUUGAGGAGAUGAGAUACACUACAAACGUGUCCGUGUGGCCCGUGGCGUUUGUGGGUGGCGUGCGUUACGAAUCUGUAGUGGUGGGUGCCAAUGGCCGGGUCACCGGCUGGAAGGUUGCAUACGACCCCACGCGACCAUUCGCCAUCGACAUGGCCGGCUUCGCCAUCAACCUGAACCUACUCCUGCAGAAUCCCAAAGCAUACUUCAAUUUCCACGCGAGGAGUGGGAACCAGGAGUCCAGCCUUCUCAAGCAACUCGUAACCAGAGACCAACUGGAGCCAAAAGCUGACAACUGCACCAAGGUGCUGGUGUGGCACACACGAACCUUGAAACCCAACUUUCAGCAUGGACGAGGAAAAGGUCUUCUUGACCCCAAUAUGGAGGUGUAAUGACGGAUGACUUAUUCAUGCACGAUGCCGGUUUUUGCACGGUUUAAUGCGACGUGAUGGUUCUGUGGCCUACACAAGUAGCUCACUGCUUUGCGUCACGAUCCCUGCGCAUACAUGGAAUUCUACAGAUGAAAUGCACCUUAACAUUUCAAGUGAUUAUUAUUACAAUCACACUUGGGUGCUCUGAUUGAAACAAAGGCUAUUAAGAGUGCUAUAUUCUCAUCUUUAUUACGUAGAAUUUAUUAUCCUGGGCUGCUAAGCCCCCUUGUUGCUCACUUGAAUAUCUGACUCUCAAGUCGAGUUUCUCCCUACCGUGCACUAAUACAUUUUAUUGCGUGGUUUAGUUACAUGUUUUAUAAAUUCCAUUCAGAAUCAAAAUCUUUCUUUAUCCCGGAGGAUUCUCAUGGGCUAUAAAGCUCCUUUUCACAGAUGUCCAUUCCAUCGCAUGCACAUCACAUAUGCACUCUGCAUGGGAAAAGUAAUUGCGUUUGCUCGAGAUGCAAUAAUGCGAUGUGUGUAUCUCGCCUGCUUUGCAGUGCUCACUGUGGCUGCUAUCGGGAGUUGUUUACAUUGAGCCGAUGUAUGGUUUCGAUUCGCAAUGUUAUUUUUUAUAUUCAUUCUAAGUAACAUGUAUAAAUCGUAGCGAUGAGUACUUAAACAUAUCUGGCACCUGCUUGCAUGAAAGAACAGAUCCCCACUGUCACAAUUGCACGAUUCGACCGUUGUUUAUGUGUGCUGGUUUCAGAGCCCAAAUCUCCUAAACUAUACUGACGUGGAACUCAAUUGUUAAAAUGAUUGCUACCCUAAUUUAACUGCAAUUAACGAGUCUCCGUUGGAAGAUAAAUAGGAACCUAAAUUUACUCUGCCCAAGAUCAUAAUGUAUCCUCCCGUGUAAGCGUAUGGGAUGUCAACUAAUUGCCGAUCACAUAUGGAAUGUUUUAAGUCUCAAAAUACGUCUCCAUGUCAAUAAAGUGUGUUUACACAUCCCACCAGCCACACGGCCUUCUGGGUGUGCAAUCUUUCAGCAGCAUUGGUUACAAAUAUGCAAACUCGAGAUCGGUUGACAUUCAGUGGCUCAUCAGUCAUGUCUGGCUUGCUUCAACCAAUACUGGUGAACUGUCAGAUGUGUAUCUCCAAGCACCCUAUCGGAGAGUUUAUGGGUCUCAGAUGUGAGAAUUAUAUUGCCUGCUUAUUGUCACUCAUUUUCUGCACAACGACGCUCAUGAUCGUAAUAAGUUGCAUCGAUGAUCACUUCACAACCUGCAUCGUGUAACCUAAUUACCGUGUUGCAGAAGGGGCUCAUGGCUGCGUGGGUUGUGUGAAACACGCCGCACAAUGAGCAGCAGGCUGAGCAGCAGGCUGACCAUGAGUCUGCUCGAGCACUGGGUGGGGGUGGCACUGUGGGACAACGAAAUCACCGAUCAAAAAUUUGCCCUCAUAUAUGGAAAUGGGUGGGGUGUCAGUCGAAAGGGGGCGUGUUCUUGCCCAUGUCUACUCAUCGUGAAUCGAGGUUUCAUCUGUAUCGAUUCGGCUCAGUCCAUCUGGCACCCAGCUGAAAGUUGAUCGGGCAGCCCUCUUUGAAAUGGCAGUUUUUUUAUCUUAAAUUACUUUCUGCGGUUCACAGAUCAAACAAAACGGUGCAUGCAUUGACAUGCGAUUUUUACACACUUCAUUGAAUGACGUUUAAAAUGAAAACGGGCAUAAGAAUAUUAUAAGGAAACAAAAAUACCUAAUCAUAAUUUGUGGGUUAAUCACGUCAUUGCGACUCAGGGUUAAUAUACAAUCAAAUAAAGGGAGCGGGGGUCACACGACUACUCGAUCCCAAGUAUUGCUGGCUAAUGUAAUCGAUUGCCAAUGAAUCUACAUUUUCAACAUGGCUGCCUGAUCGACGUUGAGCUGAGUGCCAGAUCGAUUGUGUUAAAUCAAUACAAUUUAAACCCGAUUCACAAUUCACAAUUACCAUAUAUGGGCACACGCCCCUUUCGGCCAACGCCACGCCUACUCCAUAAGACCCCUGUGAACAUUUUCGAUUGCUUCUUUUUUGCGGUGAUAGAAAAAUAUAUUCUUUGGGCCUUUCGGUAAAGUCUCGUAGAUAGGUUCA